GUAGAAAAUGGCGGCUAUGUUUUUAGCAAAGAGAGGAGCCAUAAACAUACAUAGAGCUUCUUCAUUACACAUAGAUUACAACAACAGUUCUCGAUCUGUUGUUGAUGGAGUCAUUACUAUCACUAACUCUCGUUACUUCGCAUCCCACGGGAACAACGGAGAGAAGUCAGAGGAAGAGGCGAUGGGGACAACUACAGAUGGUAAAGCUCCGAAUGUGACAUUGGGUCAUGCGGCGGAUACAGCCAAAGAAGGAUUGAAACGAGCCACCGAUGCAGCCAUCAAGAAGAGUGGAGAUGUGGGCAAGCCGAAGAGUGUAGAGAAUGAUGAAGGAGAUGAUCAGGAGGAUGUAGCAGUGGGUGAUGAUGGAACUGUCAAAGGCCAAAAUCAGUCAGCAGGAUGAGAAUAUAUAUAGAGACUUCGUUAAAAGAUUAUCAGCUCCUAAUGAAAUGGAUGCUGGUUUAAACCGUGUAGUAUGUUUUUUUAUUUAUGUAGAAAACCAUCUGUUACCAUUUAUAAACUCAUCCUUUUAUUUCUU